AAUAAACAUGUGUAAACUAGAGCUAUAUGGAAGAUGUCGUGUAGCAAAACAACGAUAUUCCAACCUUCUUGUUUCCCAUUGGUUCGGAGCUAGUCGUGUUUGCACUCUGGCCAAUCAUAUUAAUCGGUACAUGUCGGUUAUUUUCGUGCACCAAUGAGACACAACCAGGAAGUUAGAAAGCAGAAUUGAAGUUCUCGGACGCUAAUUAAAUGGCGAAAUAGUUUAGAGUCAUCGGUAUUAGUUUGCUGCAUCUGCCCGAUAUAGCAGCUUGUUUUCCUGUCUCACCACCUGUUUCUAGCUGUUUGUAAUGUGCUGCUUUUCAGCGGUUUUCUUUCACCUUCAAUUCGCCGGACCGUUAUCGACAUUAGGGUAAAGUCCAUCUGUAUUGCUAAGCAUGGAGGUAAAGGAGGUAGAGAGGUGCUGCUGUGUGAUCAAGGUGUCAGAGGCCUUUUCAGUAAGGAAACCCGUGAGCUGCAGCGGAGUUAUCGUCCAUCCUCAAACUGGAACUGUAAUAUGUACCGGCCUGCCAUUUUCACGUUUUAUCACCGACAAAGAGACCCUCUCUUCGGACCAUGACCUCAGGUUCCUGCCACCGCACAGCUUCAGUGACAAACUUAAAAUCCGCGUCAGCUUUUCUACUCAGGAAGAUCCGGACACCAACCGGUCUACACGGGGAAAACUAUUCACACCCUCCAGAGCCAAAACAACACGGCAGCGGGAGGUUGCAGGCCAGUUGCUGAUGCUAGUGAACUGCCUGGAGUUCAAACAAGCUUUCCGGGCAGUUUUCCAUGAUGCUGACAAGUGGCGUUUCCAUGGUGAUGAAGAGGAUGAGGAGCUGAUCAGAGAUGCCCAUUUCCUCAGCUGGUUCGCUGUGCUCAAGACAGCUGUGGUGAUCGAAAGCAGCCCAGAUGCAGAGACCAUACCCUGGCAAAGCAGCUCAUCUCUCCAGAAGGGCUGCCCUGUUGUUGCAUGUGGUUCACCUUUCGGCUCCCUCUGCCUCGACCUCUUCAUCGGCACCCUCAGCAGAGGUAUCAUCAGCAACCUCGCUGGAGAGGACAACGCUGUAAUCCUCACAGACGCCCGGUGUUUGCCAGGCACGGAGGGCGGAGGGUUGUUUGCGGUGGAAGAUCCAGACAGCGCGCGUCUCAUCGGGCUGAUAGUGUCUCCAUUUGGCUGGAAGGCGAACGAGUGGAUAGGCCUCACCCUAGCCUGUUCAGUCCACUUGAUCUUUAGGAAUGUCAUCUGCUGCAUGGGCUCUCAAGAUCCACUCCAAGAUGUUUGGCUCCAUCCAGGAGAGGCAGGCCUCCACAUGUCCUCCACAGCCCACAAGUCAAAAGCUGUUAAAUACCCCACUGUGUGCUUUGUGGACAGUGGGCAGUUCUGGGGCUCGGGGGUUGUUGUCACACCUCAGCUGGUUUUAACCUGCAGACAUGUGAUCAACGGGAAGUCGACAGUCACCCUGAAGUUCCAUCACAGGGACAGAGUCCUUGAUGCUGUAGGUAGUGUGAUGUUUUCCACCAAAGCGUCUUCACCUUAUGAUCUGGCUUUGGUGCAGCUGAGAAACUCUGUCCCAGAGACUGUGGUCCCCCAGAUGGCUCAGAGUUUCAAUCCAGGUGAAUCUGUAGUUGUGGUGGGAUACGGUGGGUUGGGUCGGAGCUGCGGUCCGUCCCUGACCUGUGGUGUCCUCUCCAAAGCCAUUAACUUGAAUCACCGGCCUGUCAUGCUUCAGACCACUUGUGCAGUACAAGCAGGAGCCAGCGGAGGUGCUGUGGUGCGGAGACGUUCAGGAGAACUGCUUGGUAUCGUUUCCAGCAACACAAGGGACAUGGCUGCUGAAGUGACCUACCCGCACCUCAACUUCAGCAUCCCAGUGACUGUUUUCCAGAGACUGUUGCAGCACUUUCACCAGACAAAGGAUGUUAAUGCAUUCAGGAUACUGGACACCACUGAAAAAGAAGUCAGGAGGGUGUGGAGACUACAAACUGCUCAAAGCAAACUAUAACUGAGUACCUCCUGCACCUUGAAAUGUGCUAGAGAAAACAUUUGUGUGAUUAAAUCAAAAUGGAUAAUAUGCUAAAUCACUUUGGAUAAUCAAAUUGAGGUUACUUGUAUCUUGUUUUUAACAAAACCUUUUUACUUAUAAUUUAAUGUGUUUCGUACCUCGAUUUGUUACAAAUAGCGGCACAAAGUCAACUAAACAAGAAUCAUUGAUUCUUAAUGUUGAUAUGCUCACCCAGAAUCAUGCAGUAAACAAUGUGAAUAAGUAACUUUCAUACCUAUAGUGAUUAUUUAAUUGUAAUGUAAUUAAAUUAAUAAAGUGGUUUAUUCUGGCGACAA